GGGGCGCUUCCCAUCAACGCCAUUGUUUGUUAAUUUGAGAUACUGCUCCCUGCGCUGAUUCCUCAUCAGCACCACUUUGCAAUGGCCGUAGCCAAAGACAAACGGAAGUCUGUGCUGAUCACAGGAUGCUCUCCGGGUGGUAUAGGAAACUCUCUAGCCCGUGAGUUUCAUCGAAAUGGUCUUCGCGUGUUCGCUACGGCCCGAGAAGCAAAGACGAUAGAGGAUUUGGCGUCCAUCGGCGUUGAGACGUUGAGUCUUACUGUGGACGAUGAAGAGAGCGUCCGACAAUGCUUUGUGGAAGUGAAAACAAGGCUCGGGGAGAAGGGGCUGGAUUAUCUAGUCAACAAUGCCGGCAGAAAUUAUACUGUUCCGGCUAUGGAAGCUGAACUCUCCGAAGUUCGUGCAACUUUCGAAACGAACUUGUUUGCCGUUAUAUCUAUCUGCAAGACGUUUUUGCCGUUACUUAUAGAGGCUAAGGGAACUAUUGUACAGAUUGGAUCUGUCGCUGGGGUUAUCCCCUACGUCUUCGGUUCCGUGUACAACGCCUCGAAAGCCGCAUUACACUCAUUCAGCGAUUCCUUACGUGUCGAGCUGGCUCCUUUUGGUGUGAAUGUCACGACUGUCGUGACCGGGGGUGUGCAAUCUCGCAUCGCCCGUAUCCAGCGAACUCUGGCACCAAACUCAAUCUAUGCUCCGAUUGAGGACGAAUAUAACCGGCGUGUGACACAUAGCCAGGACGGGGCCAUGCCAAAUGCCGCAUACGCGCGCAGCGUAGUCACACAGGUCCUGUAUGGAUCUGCACCGUGGCGCUGGGUUUGGCCUUGGGCGCAAGGUCGGAAGAGCUGGAUCUGGGAAGGUAAUAAGAGCUGGUUGAUCUGGCUAUUUAUGGGAGGAUGGGCUUGGAAUGGCCUGGCUGAAAGUCUUGUGACAAGGAUGUUUAAGCUCCACAAGCUGAGACGGACGGGGUAGAUAGAGACGGGCAGGCAGUAGUGAAACCGCUAAAUAGGAUUUGCUCGACCGGUCUAUUGUUUGUUUAUUCUUCCUAUCUGUCGUUUGAGAGUGUCAUGGUAUGAUUGUUAGUUGGAAUGUUAUGUACUCUGCCG